ACACACACGUGUAUAUUCUUCAUCCCUAACCGACACUGCAAAUUUUAGUUGUUAGGUAAGUUCCCGCCAUCGCCAUGUCUGAAAUGCAUAUCUUCCAAUCUCAUUCAAAUAUUUUUCAGGGGAACUAUCUGAAUUAUUAAAGAACAACGGAUAAUAAUAAAUCAUUCUUUUAUAUGUUGUGAGAGCUUUACAUAGAGAUUUUUGUUUGACAAAAAAAGAGGCGGGCAUGCCCAAAUUGCGAAGUUUAAACUUGCAUAGGCUUCCAUUUACGCAAAUAAAUCGAACGGGUUUUUCUGAUUCUGCAAUUGAAUCAAACCAACUUUUAAAUAAUUUGUCGAAGACUGGUCGAAUAGAUGAAGCACGCUACAUGUUCGACAAAAUGCCUGAGAGGGAUGAGUUUGCCUGGAACACAAUUAUUGCAGCUUAUGCCAAUUCAGGGAAAUUAAACGAAGCUAAAAAACUUUUUAGUGAGUCCCCGUUCAAAAGUUCAAUCACAUGGUCUACUCUCAUAUCUGGGUACUGCAAAAAUGACUGCGAAAUUGAAGCUUUCGGCUUGUUUUUACAAAUGCAGUUAGAGGGGAAUAUGCCGAAUCAGUACACCUUAGGGAGCAUACUUAAACUGUGCUCAAGAAUGAGACUUCUUCGAAAAGGGGAACAGAUUCAUGGGUACGCCUUAAAAACUCGCCUUGAUGGGAACGUUUUUGUUGGCACCAGUCUUGUUGAUUUGUAUGCUAAGUGUGAGUGCAUUUCAGAAGCUGAAUGUAUUUUUCAAAUGGUGGCUGAUAACAAGAAUCAUGCAACAUGGACCGCUAUGCUUACGGGAUAUUCUCAUAAUGCAGAGGGGUUCAAAGCGAUCAAGUUUUUCAAGGACAUGAGAGCUGAAGGUGUCGAGUCUAAUCAGUUUACUUUUCCGAGCAUUUUGUCAGCUUGUGGAGCUGUUUCGGAUCAUAAAUUUGGAGUUCAAGUGCAUGGCUGCAUAGUUAGAAGUGGUUUGGUAGCUAAUAUUUUUGUCCAAAGUGCGUUGGUUGAUAUGUAUGGUAAAUGUCGAGACUUGAGUAGCGCAAAAAGGGUGCUGGAGCAUAUGGAGGUUAAUGAUGUGGUUUCUUGGAAUUCCUUGAUAGUUGGGUGUGUCAGAGAGGGGUUUCAAGAGGAAGCUUUGUAUCUGUUUCGUGAAAUGCGUACACGAAAUAUGGAAAUUGACGACUACACAUACCCGUCCGUAUUAAAUUCUUUAGCGUCAAUGAAGGAUACACAAUAUGCAAAGUCCGUUCAGUGUCUGAUAAUGAAAACUGGAUUUGGGGCUUACAAGCUUGUAAACAAUGCCCUUGUUGACAUGUAUGCUAAACAGGGAAAUUUAGAUUAUGCAUAUACAAUAUUUAACCAGAUGACAGACAAGGAUGUUAUCUCAUGGACCUCCCUAGUAACAGGUUACUCAUAUAAUGGUGCUCAUGAAAAUGCUAUAAAGUUGUUCUGUGACAUGAGAAUUUCAGGUGUGUGCCCUGACCCAUUUGCCCUUGCUAGUGUUCUUAGUGCCUGUGCAGAACUGACAAUUAUGGAAUUUGGGCAGCAGGUUCAUGCAACUGUUCUUAAAUCCGGUAUCUGUUCAUCCUUAUCGGUACAUAACUCUCUUGUGACAAUGUAUGCAAAAUGUGGAGCCAUAGAAGAUGCCAAUUGUGUUUUUGACUUCAUGCGAAUACGGGAUGUCAUAAGCUGGACUGCUCUAAUAGUUGGAUAUGCACAGAAUGGUAGAGGAAAGAAUUCACUACAUUUUUAUAAUCAAAUGAUUGCAACCGGAACACAGCCAGAUUUUGUAACAUUUAUUGGUUUAUUAUUUGCUUGCAGCCAUACUGGUCUUGUUGAGGACGGGCGCUGCUAUUUUGAAUCAAUGGAUCAGCAAUAUGGUAUCAAGCCAGGUCCUCAACACUACGCAUGUAUGAUUGAUCUAUAUGGACGCUCAGGAAAACUUUCCGAGGCCAAGGAACUACUUAAUCAAAUGGUUGUGGAACCAGAUGCAACUGUAUGGAAGGCUCUGCUCGCUGCUUGCAGAGCACAUGGAGAAUUGGAUUUCGGAGAGAUUGCAGCGAAAAACCUCAUUGAAUUGGAACCGACAAACUCCAUGCCUUACGUAAUGUUAUCGAACAUGUACUCUGCUGCUAGCAGAUGGGAAGAUGCUGCUAGAGUGAGGCGAUUAAUGAAAUCGAGAGGAAUUAGUAAGGAACCAGGUUGCAGUUGGAUUGAGUUGAACAGUAAAGUUCACACCUUUAUGUCUGAAGAUAGAAGUCAUCCAAUGAUGAAUGAAAUUUACUUAAAGAUUGAUGAGAUAAUUAUGUUGAUUAAGGAAGCUGGUUAUAUGCCAGACAUGAAUUUUGCACUUCAUGACAUGGAUGAAGAAGGUAAAGAGCGUGGUUUAGCUUUUCACAGUGAGAAGUUAGCUGUUGCUUUCGGACUUCUCACCGUGCCACCUGGAGCACCGAUUCGCAUUUUCAAGAAUCUUAAGGUUUGUGGUGAUUGCCAUACUGCCAUGAAAUAUAUAUCGAAGAUAUACCUACGGCAUAUUAUUUUAAGGGACUCGAAUUGUUUCCACCAUUUCAGAGAAGGAAAAUGUUCUUGUGGAGAUUACUGGUAGAUGGAAGGAUUGAAUAUUGAACUGAAAUUCAUAUUUUCCCUAAAUUUAUCCUAAUUUUUGACCUCGGAUCAAAAAGAUAUACCUUGGCUGUAUUUAUCUCUUUCACAAGUUUAGCAAUGAGUAAAAUCCUAUUAUUCUGAUAGAAGAGAACCUGUGAUUAGCUUUUAGAAAGUACGGAUGUACAUAACAGGUACCCGGAACUAAAUCCGCAAAUUUUUCAUUUUAGCUAAGCAUAUUUCUGCCAUCAAUUGGAAGAUA